CCUGACGUGUUCCCCUUCGUUAAUCACCGCCGUCAGUGCCUGACACGCCGCCCUCCGCUCUUAUGCUCCGACCCUCGCCCUCUUCCCGGGUACAUCUCACCUCGUCUUGUGUCCCGCUCAGAUCGUUGUUACGCCCCGCGGCCGCUAGCUGUGUCUCACCGAGGACGGUCCAGACUGCCCGGAGUACUUCCGCUGCGGAGCGCGCGUUCUCAGGCUCACCAUCAACUCUAACUCGCAUUGGCCGACCUCCCCCGCUUCUUGCCUCUCCUUCGCCUUUACGCGCCGCCGCUGCACGACAUACAGACAUGGCAACCCUGACGGCGCGUCGCAAAUACUCUACCCAGUCCAGGGGCAAGGAGCCGGAGCAACCCGAGACCUCUACCGCACACUCGAAUGAGCACGAGCACGACCACACUUCUGACUCUCAUUCCCACUCUCACUCCCACUCGCAUUCGCAUUCCAACGGCAUAUUCAGCACUCUGGUGCACAGACAUGACCAUGGAGAGGAUGGGCACGCAAAGGACGCGGAGCAGAUCGUGCAAGCAUUGCAGGGACAAGGUGACCGGGGAAGCAGGAUAACACUCAUCGGUCUCGCCUCGAAUGUCGUCCUGACAGCGACAAAGGGCGCCGCGGGCUGGUACAUGAACUCUGCCGCGCUCCUCGCGGAUGCAGGGCAUUGCGCCGGAGACCUGGUCGGGGAUAUCAUCACGCUCUUCAGCUGGCGUCUGUCGCGCAAGCCGCCCUCAGAGAGGUAUCCUUACGGCUACGGCAAGUUCGAGGUGCUCGGCACGACCAUGGUCUCCAUCCUCCUCACCGGCGGCGCGCUCGGCAUUGGCCUGCACUCGUACCAGCUCCUCCUCGAGACGCUCGCGGGCGCGACCGCCGGCAUGGGCCCCGGGGCGCUGCACGACGCGCUCGCGUACAUCGUCGACGUCGCGCACGCCGUGCCCGCGACCGUCUCCGAGCACGCGCACCUCCACGCGCACUCGCACUCGCACGGGCACGGGGGCGCGCUCGACCCGAACGCGGCGUGGUUCGCGGGCGUGAGCGUGGUGGCGAAGGAGUGGCUGUACCGCGCGACGAAGCGCGUCGCGGACGCGGAGCAGAGCCCGGUGCUGCUCGCGAACGCGGUGCACCACCGCAGCGACGGGUUCGGGAGCGCGGUCGCGCUCGUCGCAAUCCUCGGAAAUUGGUGGUUCCCGCACCUCGCGCUCGACCCGAUCGGAGGACUGAUCGUGUCGGUGCUCAUCUUCAAGCAGGGCUGGUCGCUGCUCGUGACCGCAUUCCAGCAGCUGACGGACGCGGGCGUUACCCCACGCACGAAGCAGACCCUGUUCGACGCGCUCCAGCCACUGCUCGCGUCGCCGUCCUCGUCGGAGGCGAGGAACCUCCUCGGGGUGAGCGAUCUGCGGGCAAUGCGCACUGGGGCGAACAUGUUCGUGGACGUCGUCGCGCACGUGCCCGCGCGGCUGAGCGUGGAGGGUGUCGUAGAUGUCGAGCGGCGGAUCCGGGAGGCGCUCGUCGGCGCGCGGCGGGACGUGAAGGAGGUCCGGGUGCGCUUCAGGCCUGUGGAGGGGGAGCACGCGGGGUCGGAGUGAGACGGCUGGGCGUUGGAUGUAUGUUUAUUGACUUGUAUAUAGGUCUGUCUGUUGCUGAUACAUGGAUGGAACUUUUUC